UUUUCCUGCAUUUUGACCUGAUUUCCCUCAGCCGCUGGGAAACACUGGCGCCCUUGCGAGCGCUGAAGGCGGAGCUCUCCCCUCCCUGCUCGCAGAGAGCUCCCACCCAGCGGAGCGCGCUCACUCCAGCCGCCUGCCUUUGGCAGGGUCCCAACGACGAUGUGUGAUCGCUUCCUCUACGCCUCUAGAUCCGACCUCUGGUCUUGCCGUCCACUCUCAGACACACGGCGCCCGGGACAAGCCCGGGGGCGAAACCAGCCGACCGCGUCGUGAUCUGGGAACCGGCCGCCGUUCGUCCUGGAGAUUCGUUUGGAUUUGUUAGCAGGCAUCCAUAUACUUUUCUCUCGGUUUCCUCGUGUGGGCGUUUCCGACCAGCUGGCGGUCUGCGGGAGAGGGAUGGUGCACCUGUUGGGGAUAUUUCUGCUGAUUCUCCCAAGUUCUGAAGGAUUUGACUGUCUAAACCCUCUGGAUUCCUGCCUCAACGGUGGAGGCUGCACGUCCUAUGAUAACGGAACCAAGAGCUGCCUCUGCCUGCCGUUCUACCUGGGUGCCCGGUGUCAGUACCAGGACCCCUGCUCCAGUGUCUUCUGCCAGCACGGUGCCACCUGUGAGCCCGUCAUCCGGAACGGCACAGCCACUGCCGUCUGCGUCUGCCCGCCGGGGUUCACCGGAGGGCAGUGUGAGACCCCCGUGGGCGAUCCCUGCUUGUCAAGCCCCUGCCUGAAUGGAGGAAGGUGUGAUCGAGCCCCCGGCACCGGCUACAAAUGUAGCUGUCUCCACGGCUGGAGAGGACAGAGGUGCGAGCAGGCGGACCUGUGCGCCGCCAACCCCUGCACCAACGGUGGCCGCUGCCUCAGCACCUGGGACCACUUCACCUGCCUGUGUAUCAGGGGCUACCGGGGCCAGGUGUGUGAGCUGGACGUGGACGAGUGUGCUGCUGGGGGCCCCGGGCCCUGCCACAACGGGGCCACCUGCCUCAAUCGGCGUGGCUCCUACCUCUGCCUCUGCCCGCCCGCCUACACCGGUGCCGGCUGCAAGGUGCCCACCUCCUCCUGCUUCCACUUCUCCUGCCGCAAUGGGGGCAGCUGCAUGCCGGGGGCUGCCACCACCGACCACUGUGCCUGCCUGCCAGGUUUCACUGGCCGGUUCUGCGAAGUGAACAUCGACGACUGCAUUGGUCAUCAGUGUCAGAAGGGAGGGACCUGUGUGGACGGGAUCGGUACCUAUGAAUGCAAGUGCCCCUCAUCAUGGACCGGCCCGCGCUGCACGGAGGACGUGGAUGAGUGCCAGAUGCAGCCCAACCCUUGCCAGAACGGGGGCACCUGCUCCAACCAGGACGGCGGCUUCAGCUGCAUCUGCGUCAACGGCUGGUCGGGCGCUGACUGCAGCGAAAAUGACAACGACUGCACCGAGACCGCCUGCUCCCAGGGAGCCACCUGCCACGACAAGGUGGCCAACUUCGUGUGUGAGUGUCCCCCGGGCAAGAAAGGACUGAUGUGCCACCUCGAUGACCCAUGCGUGAACAAUCCUUGUCACGAGAGCGCUGUGUGUGAGAUGAACCCGCUGACGGGACAGGCCAUGUGCCAGUGUCCCCUGGGCUUCACUGGGCCAUCGUGUAAGCAGGACAUCGACGAGUGUUCGAUGGGGCCCAACCCGUGUGAGCUGAACGGCCGCUGCGAGAACAACGUGGGCUCCUUUGAGUGCCGCUGCCUGGCGGGGUACACCGGCGCCCGCUGUGAGCAGGACGUCAACGAGUGCCUGUCCAACCCCUGCCGCCACGAGGCCACCUGCCUCGACCAGAUCGGAGAGUUCAAGUGCAUCUGCAUGCCAGGCUAUGAGGGCCUCUACUGUGAAAUCAACCGCGACGAGUGUCAGAGCAACCCAUGCUUGAAUGGUGCUGAGUGUGAGGACCGGGUGAAUGAGGUGCUCUGCCAGUGUAACCCAGGGUUUACAGGGCAGUGGUGUGAGGUAAACAUCGAUGAGUGCUCCAGUGCUCCCUGCUUCAAUGGGGGGACGUGCGUCGAUGGUCCUGACCAAUUCCACUGUGACUGUCCAAAGGGUUUCGAGGGGGCCCUCUGCCAGACAGACACCGAUGACUGUGCGGGAAGCCCGUGCCACAAUGGGUCAUGCUUGGACGGGGUGGCUGCGUACUCGUGCGUCUGCUCCCCUGGCUACACGGAGCCAGACUGCAGUGUCGAGGUGGAUGAGUGUCAAAGCGGCCCCUGCCAGAAUGGGGGCCGAUGCACCAACCGGGUCAACGGUUACGUCUGCGUCUGCCUGGCCGGGACCACAGGACCGCACUGUGAGAUUGACAUCGACGAAUGCGUGGGCAACCUCUGCCACUCCGGGCGCUGCAAGGACCACAUCGACCACUACACCUGCGAGUGUGACCCCGGCUUCACAGGCUCUCUGUGUGACGUUGACGUGGACGAGUGCGCCUCCGGCCCCUGUUACAACGGCGGGAACUGCAGUGACGGCCUGAAUCGCUUCGAUUGCGUCUGCCCCAGUGGGUUCCUCGGACCCCAGUGUUUGUCGAGAGUGGACGAGUGCGAGAACCAGCCUUGCGCCCAUGGGACCUGCCUCAACCACAGCAAUGGCUUCGACUGUGAGUGCCAGCCGGGGUGGACCGGCUCCCUGUGCCAGGAGGAUGUGGAGGAAUGCGCGUCGCAACCAUGUCUGCACGGGGGCUCCUGCAGCGACCUGGUCAACGGCUACAGCUGCGCAUGCCCAGCGGGAUUCGAAGGCCAGAACUGCCAGGUAAACCUGAGUCACUGCCUGUCCUCUCCCUGCCGGAACGGGGGUCAAUGCACUGCGGAUGAAGGUGGCUACCAGUGCCAGUGCCAACUUCCAUACACAGGUGGGUGCCACUGUGAAUGGACAGACCCAGUAUCUGAGGGAACCCGAGUUGGUGAUGAAUAUGGGGUAGCAGAGUCAGAAAGUGUUGAACAACACCCUCAUCAAACCCCUACGCCCGGUACCUCAGCCUGUUCUUUCCUCUUUCCUUCAGGUUCGCAGUGCGAGACCCUCCUCGCCCCUUGUGCACAGGACCCUUGUGCGAACGGCGGAAGGUGCAGAGAGUCAGAGGACCACCAGACCUUCUCCUGCGACUGCCCGAGCGGCUGGACAGGACGGCUCUGCGAGGAGGACGUGGACGAGUGUAUCUCUGACCCUUGCUCCCACCAAGGAGAAUGCCACAACCUACCAGGGGGGCAUAGCUGCCUCUGCUCAGCGGGUUACACUGGGCUGAAUUGUGAGGUGGACAUCGACUACUGUUCUCCCGAACCCUGCCUCAACGGGGGCUCCUGCCAGGUCGAGCCCGACUCCUUUUCCUGCUCCUGCCCGCCUGGGUUCGCCGGCCAGCGGUGCCAGCACGACGUGGACGAGUGUGCCAGCGGCCCCUGCCAGAACGGGGCGCGGUGCCGCGAUCUCCAGGGGAUGUACACCUGCGUCUGUCCGCCAGGGUACGAGGGCACGCAGUGCCAGGCUGACAGUCCGGACUGCACUCCGAGCUCGUGUCUGAACGGGGGCACCUGCCUCGACCGAGUGGCCAACUUCUCCUGCCUCUGUCCGGCCGGGUUCACGGGCUGGCGCUGCCAGGAAGAGGUCGACGAGUGCGAGUCACAGCCGUGCCUGAACGGGGGCACCUGCCGAGAUGGCUACGGCGCCUUCAGUUGCUCCUGCGCGCAGGGCUACACCGGGAGCACUUGCCAGACGCCGAUCGACUGGUGCGCGGAGCCCGUGUGCAAGAACGAGGGAAGGUGUGAGCCCACCGGGACCGGCUUCCGAUGCCGGUGCGGAGCGGGCUGGAGCGGGCCCUACUGCGACGUUCCUAAGGACUCGUGUGAGCUGGAGGCGGGCCUGAAGGGGGUGAGCAUCGAGGAGCUCUGCCGGAACGGUGGGCGCUGCAUCGACGCUGGGAGCACCCACUACUGCCAGUGUCCCGCGGGAUUCGUGGGCACCUACUGCGAGACUGAGGUGGACGAGUGUCAGGACAACCCUUGCCAGAACGGAGCCACCUGCCUCGACCUGGUCGCAAAGUACUCUUGCCAGUGUCUCCCCGGGUACCAAGGCCGGAACUGUUCGGAGGAGGUUGAUGAGUGCCGUUCCCAGCCUUGUCAGAACGGAGGGACCUGCGUUGACCUGUUGGAUGGAUACCGAUGUUCCUGUCUGCACGGCACUGAAGGGGUGCACUGUGAGCACGACGUGGAUGACUGCGCCUUACCCCCCAGCCAGGAGCCCCGGUGCUACCACGGGGGCCGGUGUGUGGACGGCCUGGGGUUCUACAGCUGCGAGUGCCCGCCCGGCUUCGUGGGGGAGCGCUGCGAGGGCGACGUGGACGAGUGCCUGUCCGGCCCCUGCCAGGGUAGCGGGAGCCUCGGAUGCACUCAUCUGGUGAACAGCUACCUGUGCCACUGCCGGCCGGGCUACACAGGACAGCACUGUGACUCGGUGAUCGACCACUGCACGUCGGCGCCCUGCCAGAACGGUGGCACCUGCGUCCUGGCCCUCAACACCCCGUUCGGGUUCCUAUGCAAAUGCCCGCCUACGCACCACGGCGGACGCUGCCAGCUCCUCUCCUCCUGCCGGCGCUGCCGGAACGGCGGGCUGUGCGUGGCGGGCCGAUGCGCCUGCCCACCGGCUUUCCGCGGCCCCGACUGCUCUAUUCCCAGCGCCGGACGCUGCUCACCCCGGCACCUGCCUCAACGGGGGCACCUGUUCCGAGCGGCCCCUGCCUCCCUACUUCCUCUGCCUCUGCCCACCCGCCUUCGGGGGCCUGCGCUGCCAGCGGCCGGGUACAGGGUCCGAGCGGGGCCGGGGGAGGGAAAGGGCUGCGAGGGCCGAGGCUGCGCGACCGACCCGUGGUGGAGGUGCCCGCUGGCGGAAUCCUGCCGCGCCAGCUUCAAAGACGGCACCUGCGACUCGGACUGUGACAAUCCGGACUGCCAGUUCGACGGCUUCGACUGCCAGCAACGCGUGGCCGUCUGCAAAGUGAGUGAUCCCCAGAGCAUGUCCCGUCCCGACCCCAUCCAAACCACUCUACCUAUCACAUCACAUCACCGCUCUCCCCGUAACAUGUCCCGUCCCGUCCCCGAUCCAAACCACCCCCACCUAUCGCAUCACAUCACCGCUCUCCCCGUAACAUGUCCCGUCCCGACCCCAUCCAAACCACUGCACCUAUCACAUCACAUCACAUCACCGCUCUCCCCCGUAACAUGUCCCGUCCCGUCCCCGAUCCAAACCACUCCACCUAUCGCAUCCCACCACCGCUCUCCCCGUAACAUAUCCCGUCCCGUCCCCGAUCCAAACAACUCUACCUAUCGCAUUCCACCACCAAUCUCCCCCCCACACCACAACGCCUACUGCCGGCACCACUACAACAACGGUCACUGCGACCGGGGCUGCAGCACGGCCGACUGCGGAUGGGACGGCGUGGACUGCUCCCAUCCCCGGCCGGAGGAACCUGGCGGGCGGAACCCUGGUGCUGGUGGCCUCCGUGAGCCCGGCCAAUCUGCGCCUCCGCCUCUCUGCCUUCCUGUGGGCGCUGGGUUUGGCCCUGCGCUGCCCGGUGCGGAUCCGCUCGGGAGCAGCCGGCGAGGACAUGGUUACCCCUACCGCGGCUGGAGGGACCUCGACAGACUCACCGCCCUGGUCUACAACGUCAGCGGCCCGGGCCAUGGCCGGAGGAGGAGGAGUCUGGCGGUGGACACCACACCCUCACCACAGGACACCAUCUUCGGCUCCAUCGUGUUGGUGGAGAUAAACCAGCAGCCCUGCUUGGAGACCUACAGCAGCUGCUUUUCCUCCGCCCUGCAGGCGGCCGAGUUCGUGGUGGUUCUCGCCUCCUCCCACAAUGGCCAGGAGUUCCCCAUUCCCCUUCAGGCCGUCGGUGUAAUGCCCGAGGAAGAACCGUCCUCGUUCCCGUGGGAGCUGGCAGGAGCUUCUCUAGCCGUCUUCUUGGCCGUCGUAGCGGGAAUCCUGGUCGGAGUUCGCGUGGCCAGGCAACCCAAGCGCCAACGAGGCCCACUCUGGCUGCCCCCGGGCUUUGACCCCAUCCACCAGAACCGCAAGCAUCGGAGGAGGGAGCCCGUGGGCGAGGACGCCAUUGGCAUGAAGAUCCUGAGCCAGGAGACAGACUGUGAGGAGGAAGAGGACAAUGAGAACUCCACGGUGAAGGGGCCGCCAGCCAGCAAGAGACAAAAGGUAGAGACGGCCCCGGUGCUGCCCGACCAGAGGAAAUGGACCCAAAAGCACAUCCGAGCGGUGGGGUCAGUCCCGCAGCCGCCCAACAUGACCCCUCCGCAGGACAGUCCCGAGAGCGUCGACGUGGAUGUGAGGGGCCCAGAUGGAGUGACGCCACUGAUGCUGGCUGCCAGCGCGGUUGGAGGCCCUGACCCUGGCGAGGCCGGCGCCCAGGAGGCUAUUCUGGAGCUGAUGGGGCAGGGGGCUAGCCUGCAGCCCCAGACCGAGGUGACGGGUGAGAGCGCCCUUCACCUGGCCGCCCGCUUCUCCCGGGCGGACGCCGCCAAGUGCAUGCUGGACAUGGGCGCGGACACCAAUGUUCAGGACCGGACAGGGCGCACUCCGCUGCACACAGCCAUCGCUGCUGAUGCUCAAGGGGUCUUUCAGAUCCUCGUGCGCAACCGGUCGACGGACGUGGACGCGCGGACUCAGGACGGGACCACGCCGCUGAUCCUGGCUGUGCGCCUGGCCAUCGACAACGUGGUGGAGGAGCUCAUCAACUGCGGGGCAGACCUCAGCGCCACAGACGCCCACGGUAAAUCUGCCCUGCACUGGGCUGCUGCCGUCAACAACGUGGAGGCUCUGGUAGUGCUGCUGAGGAAUGGAGCGGACAAGGACAUGCAGGACAGCAAGGAGGAGACGCCGCUGUUCAUCGCUGCCAGGGAAGGCAGCCACGAGUCGGCCCGGAUUCUGUUGGAAAGCCAGGCACAGCGGGAGACCCCCAACUUCCUUGGCCGGACGCCCCACGACGUGGCCAUCGAGCGCUCUCACCACGACAUCGUGCGGCUGCUGGAGGAGCCAGGUCCCGUCCGGGAACCACCUCCCCCUCCACCUCCAUCGACCGCCUUCUCCCCCCGCCUCAAGACCCCCAGGAAGGGGAGGCGGCCGGGGCCCAGGCCCGGGGUCGGGAGCGGCCCCGAAACGCCCCGCCCGCCCCCACAUAUCGACCUUAACUACUCCCACUACCUCCCGCGAGCUUGCGCGCCACCGGGUUUCCCGCUGCCCCUCCCUACUCCUCACCCGGGCUACCCCGGGAUCCCUGGGCACCCGUGGGUCGGCUGCCCCCGGAGGGUGCGAACCGACCCUCGUCUUCAGCCCCACCUGUGGGUGCCGCCAGUCUUCGGGCUGGGCCGGGCCGAGUGGCCGCUGCAGCCGGCACCCGCGGAUGGGGAGGGGGACGGACGGCCUCCCGAGAGGCCUGCCAUCCCGGCCCCCGGACUCUACCCAACGCCCCCCUCCCAGCACGGCUGUAUCUCGCCUCCCUGCACCGAGGCCCCGAGCCGGCGGCAGGGCCACCACCCCUUCCUCACUCCGUCGCCCGAGUCUCCCGACCCCUGGUCCAGCUCGUCACCUCACUCCGGCCGCUCCGACUGGUCCGACGGGCUCAUCAGUCCCCCAUCCUAAGGCGGGA